UCCCCCGAGCUCCCGGAGACCAAAGGAGGGGUCGCGGCGGGGCGAGGGGCUGGCUGAGGUUGGGUGCGGGAGGGGUCGGGGGUGGAGACGCGCGGGGGCCCACCCCCUCGCUGAGGGCCCGCGGCGGCCCCCAGCUGGCUCCCUCCGCCGCGGGGCCGGCCUCCUCCUCCGGGCGGCGCUCGGGCCGGGGGGACCCCGCAGCGGCGCGCUGUGAGCGCGGGCCCGGGGCGGGGUCGUCGGAGGCUCCCGCCCACCUGAGGUGCCGCCCCCAAAAGAAGCCCGCGCCGGCUGCAGCCUGGGAAGGAGCCGCGCGCGCGUGAGCUCGUCCGCAGCGGCCCGCCCGGCGAGUCGCCCGCUGGAGGACUGGCCCCACGCGGAGCAGCGGGGCCGGGUGGGUGUGGGGUGGGGGGCGCAGGGCUGGGGGGCCCCGGACGCCCCGCGCGGUCAUGGCGGCGCCCGGGGACCCGCGGCGGCCCUACCGGCUGGCGCAGGAGGGCCGGCUGUGCGCCCUGCGGGAGGAGCUGCGGGGAGCCGGGCGCGCGAGCUGCCCGGGGCCCGCCGGGGACACCCUGCUGCACUGCGCCGCCCGCCACGGCCAUCGGGACGUGCUGGCCUACCUGGUGGAGUCCUGGGACAUGGACAUCGAGGCCGCCAACCGGGACUACAAGCGGCCUCUGCACGAGGCUGCCUCCAUGGGCCACCGGGACUGCGUGCGGUACCUGCUGGGCAGAGGAGCCGCGGUGGACUGCCUCAAGAAGGCCGACUGGACCCCACUGAUGAUGGCCUGCACAAGGAGGAAUCUCGAGGUGAUCCAGGACCUUGUGGAACAUGGCGCUAAUCCACUUCUCAAGAACAAAGACGGCUGGAACAGUGUCCACGUUGCCAGCCGAGAGGGGGACCCUGUGAUCCUCCAGUACUUGCUCACUGUUUGCCCAGACGCCUGGAAGACGGAGAGCAAGAUCGGGAGAACCCCCCUGCACACGGCAGCAAUGCAUGGCUGUUUAGAGGCAGUAAAGGUGCUUCUACAGAGGGGCCAGUACCAACCAGACUGCAGGGACAGGUGUGGCUCCACACCCUUCAUGGACGCGCUUCAGUGUGGCCACAUCGACGUAGCCAGGCUGCUGCUGGAAAAGCAUCAGGCCAGCGCGUCUGCCCAGGAUUCCCUGGGGGCGCAGGCCAUCCACAGGGCAGCGCUCACUGGGCAGAACGAAGCCAUCCGCUUCUUGGUCUGUGAACUCGGCACGGACGUGGACGUGAGAGCAGCAUCAGGCCACCUCACUGCACUGCACUACGCGGCGAAGGAAGGACACGUGAGCACAGUCCAGGUGCUCUUAGCCUUGGGUGCCGACAUCAACUGUAAAGACGCAAGAAAUCGAUCAGGUAGGCUUCUCACACAUGCCUUGGAAGUUAAUAGUAAACUGGAUGUAAACGGUACACGGACUUUCUUAUUAAAAACACUGGCUUUCAUGUUAUGCCCCUAGUAGCUCAGCAAGCUUUGUUUCGAAUAACAUCUGUUGGCAAAGCUGUGGGAACGCUGCUGUUACCAUGGCAAUGGUGAUGCCUGCUGCUCAUUGCCACUGUGUUGUUAUCACCGGUAUUUGAACCACAGCAGCGCGUGCGUGCACCGUGGACGUACUUUCUAUCCUAAUCCACGGCGAUGCCAGCUGUCCCAGUAGUACAGAUAUUUCUUAGGUUGUCUCUCUUUCGAGUGUAUUUGAAAACUGUAACCACUAUAAUUUCUUAAAGUUGGGGCUCAGAAAAAUGCUUUCAGAGCUGAUCCUCUGGAUUCGGACAUUAGAAUAAACCCUCCCCUUAACACCCUGUGCUCUGGCGGCCUACCUUGCCCAUACGUUUGUGAUGCUUCAGAAACUCCCUCCGAGGCUGCACAGGACAGUCAGCAAGUUCAGGGACACAAGACUUUUCUCCGCAGAACACGGGAUCCUGGGGCUCAUGAUGCCAGAAACCUUCAGUGCUAGUUUUCCAAGGGAAGGUGUGUCAGUUUUUCUUUUUGUCACAUCAUUCUUGUUUGUGGCAGUAUUUCUACUGACACGGAAAGUUCACAGAACUUUGAAAGUCUUUUCUUUGCCAUUUCAAGUCUCCUGUUUCUCGUUCGUUAAAUUGCUUGGUUGCUGUAGACAGAUCUGUUAAGUCUUCUAAUUGGUUGAUGUUUUUAACCCAAUCAGGUUAAAAGGAAAAAUGUUUUGAUCUAGUAGAGACAAAGGUGUAGAGACAAAUUUACAGAAUACAGAAAUUCUGUGUAGCCGAAGGGGUGUUGUUUGUAGGAAUAGCUGCUCCCCGGGUGGGCGUCGCCCCAGGGGUCCCACGCCAGAUUUGUGUGGCCUCUGUCUCC